UUUGAAUCUGUUGCUUUUAGUCUUUUAGUGGGAAAAUCUAUGAAGUGCAAAGUGAAUUCUUAACUCUGAUAAUUGGUUGCUGAGGAUCCAAACUAUGGGAUCUCAAGGUGAUGCUGGUGAUAAUAAUGGAAAACAUUCACAACUCCAGCCGUUGGUGCGGCAAAAUUCAAUGUACAGUCUCACACUUGAUGAAGUUCAGAAUCAAUUAGGUGACUUAGGAAAACCACUAAGUAGCAUGAACCUUGAUGAGCUUCUAAAAACUGUUUGGACCGUUGAGGCAAACCAGUCCAAGGCGGAUAUUGAGGGUACAGCUCAAGCUGGUCAAGCUACUCUGCAGCGUCAAGCUAGUUUGUCAUUAACUAGCACUCUAAGCAGCAAGACAGUUGAUGAGGUUUGGAGAGAUAUCCAACAAAGCAAAGAUGACAAGGAGAAGAAGUCUCGAUCAAGACAGCCUACAUUGGGAGAGAUGACGUUGGAGGAUUUCUUGGUAAAAGCAGGGGUUGUUGCUGAAGCAGCAUCUAAUAGAAAGAAUACUCGUCCUACAGUUGGUGCUGAUGCAAAUAUAGCAGCACCACAACAUGGCCCUUGGAUACAGUAUCCACAACCGCAAUAUCAGCAUCCACAACAAGGUUUAAUGGGGAUUUACGUGCCUAGUCAGAAUAUAGCACAACCAUUACACAUGGGGGGUGGUGCUACAUUGGAUGUUCCAUACGUAGAUGGUGAGGUGGCAUUGUCUUCACCUAUGAUGGGAGCCUUGUCAGACACUAAGAAAACUGGGCGAAAACGGGGCACAUCAGAGGACAUGGUAGAGAAGACUGUUGAGAGGAGGCAGAAGAGGAUGAUCAAGAAUCGGGAAUCUGCUGCCCGUUCUAGAGCAAGGAAGCAGGCCUACACAACCGAAUUGGAGAACAAAGUCUCACGUCUGGAAGAGGAAAAUGAAAAGCUGAGGAGACAGAAGGAACUAGAGAAAAUGUUAUCCAGUGCUCCACCUCCUGAACCUAGAUAUCAGCUUCGCCGAACAUCAUCGGCGUCAUUCUGA